AUGGCGGAUUCGGCCGGCGGGCUGCGCGAGAGGCCAACGCGGCUCCAGCCUGUCUCCGGCGACGGCGUGCCUCGCCCCGGCACCCCAGCUCGCCCCGGCGCCGCCCGCCUCGCCCCUGCCUUGCCCUGGCGCCGCCCGCCCCGACCGCGCACUCCCUGGCAUGGCUUCCCGUCCCCGGUUGAGCCCGGCACCGCCCACCGCCGCGCGCGCUCCCUGGCGUGCCCGCCCGAGCUCCCCGCCGCCGCCUGCGACCCGCCGUCCUCCCUGCCCGCCCUUCUUCGGCGCUGCCCCGCCCCGAUUCGGGCCGCCGGUAGUCUGCUCCGCCCCGCCUGUGGACAGCCUCGCCUCGGCAGUGGAGGUCGAGCUGGCGGCAAUUCGGACCGGCAGCGGCAAAUUCCGAUACGUUGGAGACGUAUCAACCUCGACAAUAGCGGCGGCGGGGCCGAGGUCGGCGAGCACGAGCGCGAUGAGUGCCGUGGCGACGAGCCGGCGGAGCAGCACCAAGCACGGGAACGGGGCGAGGAGGCUGAGGCAGACGAGGAGGACCUUAGAGGCGGCCAUGAGGAAGAGCACCGAUGCCCAGUGCCUCGCCGCGGCCAGCGACGCCCAGUGCCACACUCCAGCGCGCCGUGGUGGUACCGAAACAUGCGCGCGUUGCAGACCCCGCGCACCGCCGCGGCCUCCGCGUCCGCGGCCACGCGCGCGCCCCCUUGGCGGCCGCGCACGCCCUGUCGACCGCUCGCCGGACCGCGCCCGUGCUCGCCGCGCCGGCAGUCAUCGCUCACCUAG